AUGGGGCUGAAACCUAAUGCUUGCUGGGCAGCGACAUGUUUGUUCAAUUCCAAGGUGCGUUCUCAGUUGGAUGCGUUCAGGACCAGACCUGACACAUUUAGUCUGGGAGUGUGUAAUGGCUGCCAGCUGAUGGCACUUCUGGGCUGGGUGGCCCCUCUUGACGACUAUACAGAAGAAACUCACAACCAAGGUUUGUUCCUGGAUCACAAUGAGUCUGGUAGAUAUGAGUCUCGUUUCCCUACAGUGAAGAUCCUGCCCAGCCCAGCCAUCAUGUUACAGGGCAUGGAGGGCUCAGUCAUUGGAAUAUGGAUAGCUCAUGGGGAAGGCCGUUUUGUCUUCAAAAACAAUUCUAUCCAUGACUCCCACAAAUCCAAACAUUUAUUACCAAUGGCUUUUGUGGAUGACUUGGGCAACCCCACCAUGAAGUAUCCACUCAAUCCUAAUGGCUCACCAGAUGGCACUUGUGCUGUCUGCUCUGAAGAUGGCCGCCAUCUUGCCAUGAUGCCUCACCCCGAGAGAUGUGUGUUGCCCUGGCAAUGGCCUUGGAUGCCGCAGGAAUGGAAGGAAACGACAGCAACAUCACCAUGGUUGAGAAUGUUCCAGAAUGCUCAUAAUUGGUGUUUACAGAAUUAGCUAGGUCUCAUUUUGGGGAAAUAGUACUUAACUAUGGGUGCUUUCCUAGAGAUUUAGAUCGAUCUAAAGAUUAAGUUUUAGAUCGACCUAACUCCCUGGGGGUU